AUGGCAUUUUUUUGCAUGCCAUUUUGUGCACGAAUACAAAAACGAAUUUUAUGCAUGCAUGGUGGGAUAAGUGAAGAUUUAACAGAACUUGCACAGCUGGAGCGAAUUGAACGACCAUGUGAAAUUCCAGAUUUAGGCAUAUUAACUGAUUUAACGUGGUCUGAUCCAAGUUAUAACGUAACUAAUUAUGAUUAUAAUAGUAGACGUGGAGUUGCACGGUUAUUCAGCAUUAAUGCUGUAAAAGAGUUUUGCAAAACACUUGGCUUAGAUAUGAUAGUGCGAGCACAUCAAGUGAUGCAAAAUGGUUAUGAGAAAUUUGGUAAUCAUUUAAUAACGAUCUUUUCGGCACCAAAUUAUUUUAUGUGUAAUUCUGCAGCAGUACUACAUGUAGCAAAAGAUUUGAAGUGUAAGAUAGAAGUGCAUCGACCUGAUCAGCAAUCUGUAAUUAGUAAGAUCAAGAAGAAGAAAAGGAAUAAAGAAGUUAUGCGACCAAGUGCUGCUACUGAUAAUUAG